UAGACAAUCCGUACCCUAAAUCGUUUCCGUAUACUGUUACUAAUAACAUUACUGUAUAUACCUUUCAUUUUGAGGUUAUCCCCAUGAUCGCCCAACUUUUCGUUACGGCCGCUCUAUCCGCCAUUUUCACACACCUUGACCGAAUGAUUGGCGGGAAAGCGGUAGUUGAGUCCUUGGUUGACAUUUCGAUACAACGAUCACCAAGUUCCCAAUAACGACUUCGAGUGCUUCGGUCCGACAACAAAGAAUUCUCUGUUGCUAUCAACCUGAAAUUGGAUUUUCCGAUUUUAAGAUGUCCGUGGCCGAAUUGUCUGAUCCUGAAGACAGUUUGCUUCCGAAUGAUGUUGACGAUGAAAUCGGGUCAAACACAGGUGGGUACGCGUCGGAUGAAGCGAUCGAGGAUAAUUCGAACUUGCCAGAAAACGGAAAUGACUCGGACAAUCCUGAUGGUUCAGGACAAAGGAGGAUCGAUCCAUCAACCUCGGGCCAGAAACGUAUCGUGCGAAACCCUCAGCCAAAAUUGGAUGCUGAGCGACUGAAGGGGCCAAAAGGGAUUCACAUGAUCGAGAAACACUUCGAGAACUUUAAAUUUGAGGGAAAAGGCUGCGAGAAGAAAGACCUUGAUCGGAUGAUGAACAAAUUAGAAUAUUGGGCGCACAGAAUAUUUCCAAAAUACGAGUUCGAUGACUUUCUAGGCAAGGUUGAAGUCUUGGGGAACAAAAAGGCAGUUAAAACACAUCUGACAAAAAUAAGACUUGGAAUGUUGACGGAUGAAGAAGUCGCGUUGAACGACGUAAUGGAGGAGGAGGAUGAGCCCGUUCAAGACUCCGCACCCAUCGAUGAGUUUGACGCCCUGAUUGCUGAGGAGCUUGAGAAGCAACGUCACUCCGUUACCCCUCAACGACCCCAUGCCUCCAUUGUUUCGAGCAAUUCUAAUGCAGCAAUUGGAAAAGCUAUCGCAACAUCCCACCCAGACAUUACCGAUGAAAUGAAAGAAAGAAUGGAGAGGAACAGGCAAUUAGCAAUUCAGAAAAGACUUGCCAGAAUCAAGGCCGAGGAGGCGAAAAAAAUCGCUUUGGAAAGAGAAGUGAUAGGAAGUCAAGAAGAUGUUGCUCCAAUGCCAAACCACGAAAGUACAGUAACAGAUUCAAUCGGUGAAUAAUUCAAGUUUGAUUUUAACAUUAAGUUAUCACAUCACUUUCAUCGAUUCCCAGGAGAAUAUUCAUGGGUAACAUUUUCAAUAACUGUCCAUGUUUAGCAAAAUAUUUUAUGAAAGAAAUUUAGUAAGCCCCGUUGCUUUUACAGAAAAUAAUCCAAACAUACCAAGCUGAAUAUCUGGUAUCAAAAACUGUAACAGUCUGAAUUGCCAAGAAAAAUUUAUUUAUCCACAAUAUUUUAUAAUACAAUAUUUUCAAAAUAACAUUUCACUUAUUUUGAUGGAUUAAAUGGUGAAGUUCUAAUUUUAGAACUACUACGUUUCAGAUUUUAUAUUUUCAAUGUGAAAAUUUCUAUGAGAAAAAUGUUUGUAACCUUGAAUUUAUUACACUUUACCUUGCCACGCAGACUUUGAAGCCCAUUGUUUCUUAAUAUAUUCAAGUAUUUACACUUCCGUUUUUUACAUUAUUGGGCACGAGCGAUAUAUUCAUAUGUACAGUGAUCAAUUUGUCUUAAAAGCUGUAAACUCUGCACAUCGAGAGUAAAAAGCACAGUGUUUCUGUAGAACUACUAUUGAAUCGAAAAUCUAUAUCUAGGUUGAUAACUAAGAAUCUUUGGGUAUACUCAUAAAUUCUGUACAAAAUUCUCUACUCUGUAAGUAUACCAUAGGAUCUCUUGAAGCUUAUCUUUUCGACUCACUGUGGCAGGAGCAUACUUAUAGUCUUUAACGCAAAGCAUGAAUACACUUUAAGUAAAUUGCAGGUCUAUUUCAAGAGCUCGUGGUGAAUGAACCAUUGCUUGACGCAUGUUAAAGUUAGGUAUAUAGAUAAAUAAAUAGCAUUUAAAUUACGAAUAUAAAAAUAUUUAAUAAAAAACGUAGAAUUUUA